AUGACGCGUCAAAGUAGGGUGCAGAAGUGCAUCGAGUGCGUGGAGCCGGCGGCGCUGCAGUUCAUCAUCAACGCGUUCGCGGGGCAGGUGUACGCGCUGUCCACGCACCCGUACGGCUGCCGCGUCAUCCAGCGCAUCCUCGAGCACUGCACGCCCGACCAGACCGCGCCCGUGCUCGCCGAGCUCCACGCGCACACCGACCAGCUCAUACAGUCACUGCUGGCGUGCUAUAUUGAUCUUGAACCAAUAGAGCCAUCAAUUCUUUCAGAAUUAGUAGGGGGCGGCGUAGGCGGUGUGGGCGUGGGCGGCGUCGGUGUAGGCGUUGGCGGGGUGGGCGGCGUGGGCGUGCUGGUGGGCGACAAGCCGCCGGCCGGCCGCUCGCGCCUGCUCGAAGACUUCCGCAACAACAGAUUCCCCAACCUGCAGCUGCGGGAGCUGGCUAACCACAUCGUCGAGUUCUCGCAGGACCAGCAUGGAUCUAGAUUUAUUCAACAAAAGCUUGAAAGAGCAACAAUUCAGGAAAAACAAAUGGUAUUCAACGAGAUCAUCGGCGCCGCGUACAGUCUAAUGACGGAUGUUUUCGGAAACUAUGUGAUACAAAAAUUCUUUGAGUUUGGAACUACGGAACAGAAGACCACACUAGCGCAAAAAGUGCGCGGUCACGUGCUGGCGCUGGCGCUGCAGAUGUACGGCUGCCGCGUGAUCCAGAAGGCGCUGGAGUCCAUCCCGGCCGAGCAGCAGCAGGAGGUGGUGCGCGAGCUCGACGGGCACGUGCUCAAGUGCGUCAAGGACCAGAACGGGAACCACGUGGUGCAGAAGUGCAUCGAGUGCGUGGAGCCGGCGGCGCUGCAGUUCAUCAUCAACGCGUUCGCGGGGCAGGUGUACGCGCUGUCCACGCACCCGUACGGCUGCCGCGUCAUCCAGCGCAUCCUCGAGCACUGCACGCCCGACCAGACCGCGCCCGUGCUCGCCGAGCUCCACGCGCACACCGACCAGCUCAUACAGGACCAGUACGGCAACUACGUGGUGCAGCACGUGCUGGAGCACGGCGCGGCGGAGGACCGCUCGCGGCUGGUGGGCGCGGUGCGCGGCAAGGUGCUGCAGCUGUCGCAGCACAAGUUCGCCUCCAACGUCGUCGAGAAGUGCGUCACGCACGCCACGCGCAACGAGCGCGCGCUGCUCAUCGACGAGCUGUGCGGCUUCAACGACAACGCGCUGCACGUGAUGAUGAAGGACCAGUACGCCAACUACGUGGUGCAGAAGAUGAUCGACGUGGCCGAGCCCACGCAGCGCAAGGUGCUCAUGCACAAGAUCCGGCCGCACAUCGGCUCGCUGCGCAAGUACACGUACGGCAAGCACAUCAUCGCCAAGCUGGAGAAGUUCUUCAUGAAGGCGCCCGAGCUCGGGCCCAUCGGGCCGCCGCCGCCCAACCCCGUGCUGUAGUGUGUGUAGAGCGUGCACGCCGCCGGGAGGGCCGAUGCGACGGCGCGGGUGUCCCCGCCUAUUAUAAAUUUGUGAAUAUUUGCGAUUGUACAUUUGUAACUAUAGAGCUCGCCUCGAGCGGCUGUACAUAGCAGACUGAUGUACAGGUAACGUAACUAGUUGUACAGCGAC